AUGAUGAAAUGGUACACGGGAAAUGGGACGGACAACCCAGGUUUCAUCUCAAGGUCCUGGUGGGAGGGCGCUGCACUGUUUCUGGCGUGCCUCAACUAUUGGCAUGCCACUAACGACACAACAUAUAACGAAGAAGUCAGCGUCGCGUUGCAACAUCAAGGAGGUUCGAAUGGAGACUACCUGCCAUCGUGGGCAGUAGCGGAAUACAAAUUUCCCAAUCGGCCUAGUGGUGAUACCUGGCUCACCCUCGCUGAACGUGUUUUCUACAAUCAGAAAAGUCCCAAUGGAGGGGGAUGGGACACCACGAUUUGCGGAGGUGGCCUACGCUGGCAGAAGGAUGUGUGGCAAGGUGGCUAUACCAUGAAAAACUCAGUGUCAAACGGUGGCUUUUUCAUGCUCGCAGCGCGUCUCGCUUGGUAUACCCAAGAGGAUGAGUACGCGAAGUGGGCCGAAAAAGUCUGGGACUGGUCCACCUCCGUGAACUUGGUUAAUAACAAGACUUGGGAGGUGGCGGAUAGUGUCAGUCAAGGCACGGGGGGACCCAAUGGCUGCACCCUUCCUGAUCACACCCGGUGGACUUACAAUUAUGGUACUUUUCUGUCGGGCGCUGCCUACAUGUAUGCCUAUACAAACGAUCAUAAGUGGCUUGACAUCACAAAUAACCUGAUGGAUGCAUUGUUCGCUACAUUCUUCCUACCUCAAUACGGAGGUGUGAUCUCAGACCGAUGCGAACCUUCGGGUCAAUGCGACGAAGAUGCGAAUCGACCGAUUUUCAAAGGCCUUACAGUAUCAUGGCUUGCAGAUAUUGCAUUGAUCAUCCCUUCGCUCAAGGAGAAGAUUCUACCCAAGCUCCAGGUCUCUGCCGAGGGCGCCGCGAAGGCAUGCACUGGCAAUGGCCAGAAUCUCUGUGGUAACCGCUGGUGGGGCGGCAAAUACGAUGGACAAAAUUCAAUGGAGAAUGCAAUGAGUGGCAGUCAGAUGAUGAGUGCUAUCAUGGUGAAAUUCCUCGACUCAUCUUCAAAGCCAGUCUCGACGGCAACUGGAGGAAACAGCUCAAGUGAUCCCAAUGCUGGUACCGAGGAAGCCUCCAAGUCUUCACAAUUGCCCCCAGUGACAACGGCAGAUAAAGCAGGAGCUGGAAUCCUGGCGUUGCUUUUUGUGGCUGGUAUAAUAGGUGGGGUGACCUUUUUGCUUAUGGGCCCUUAG